AAGGGGCGGGCCGGCGGGCGGCCGGGGUCCUCCGGGGUUUGGCGCGGGGUGGGCGCGCUGCAGGCCGCCAUUUCUUGGCGUAUCCCGUGCGGCCGCCCCCUCCUCUCCUCAUUCGCCCUGUCCGCGGUGGUCGCUGGCGCCCCGGCGUCCCCAACCCAGUGACAAAAAUGCUGAGCUUCUUCCGCAGAACCCUUGGGCGUCGGUCAAUGCGUAAACAUGCGGAGAAGGAAAGACUCCGAGAGGCACAGCGAGCUGCCACCCAUAUUCCUGCAGCUGGAGAUUCUAAGUCUGUCAUCACCUGUCGAGUGUCCCUUCUGGACGGUACUGAUGUUAGUGUGGACUUGCCGAAAAAAGCCAAAGGACAAGAAUUGUUUGAUCAGAUUAUGUACCACCUGGAUCUUAUUGAAAGUGACUAUUUUGGUCUGAGAUUUAUGGAUUCAGCACAAGUAGCACAUUGGUUGGAUGGUACAAAAAGCAUCAAAAAGCAAGUAAAAAUUGGUUCACCCUAUUGUCUGCAUCUUCGAGUUAAGUUUUACUCCUCAGAACCAAAUAAUCUUCGUGAAGAACUAACCCGAUAUUUAUUUGUUCUUCAGUUAAAACAAGAUAUUCUCAGUGGAAAAUUAGAAUGUCCCUUUGAUACAGCAGUGCAGCUGGCAGCUUAUAAUCUGCAAGCUGAACUUGGUGACUAUGAUCUUGCUGAACAUAGUCCUGAACUUGUCUCUGAGUUCAGGUUUGUGCCCAUCCAGACUGAAGAGAUGGAGCUGGCUAUUUUUGAGAAAUGGAAGGAAUACAGAGGUCAGACACCAGCACAAGCUGAAACCAAUUAUCUGAAUAAAGCCAAAUGGCUAGAAAUGUAUGGUGUUGACAUGCAUGUGGUCAAGGCUAGAGAUGGGAAUGACUAUAGUUUGGGACUAACCCCAACAGGAGUCCUUGUUUUUGAAGGAGAGACCAAAAUUGGUUUAUUUUUUUGGCCCAAGAUAACCAGAUUGGAUUUCAAGAAGAAUAAAUUAACCCUGGUGGUUGUAGAAGAUGAUGAUCAGGGCAAAGAACAGGAGCAUACAUUUGUCUUUAGACUGGAUCAUCCAAAAGCUUGCAAACAUUUGUGGAAGUGUGCUGUGGAGCAUCAUGCCUUCUUCCGCCUUCGAGGCCCUGUCCAAAAGAGUUCUCAUCGAUCGGGAUUUAUUCGACUAGGAUCACGAUUUAGAUACAGUGGGAAAACUGAGUAUCAGACCACAAAAACCAAUAAAGCAAGAAGAUCAACAUCCUUUGAACGAAGGCCCAGCAAACGAUAUUCUCGACGAACUCUACAAGUGAAAGCAAGUACAACAAAACCUGAAGAACUCAGUGUUCACAAUAAUGUCUCAACUCAGAGCAAUGGCUCUCAACAGGCUUGGGGUGUGAGAUCUGCUCUGCCUGUGAUUCCUUCUGUAUCCUCUGGUCCUGUGCUGGUGGAGAUAGAGAAUCUUCCACAGAGUCCUGGAACAGAGCAGCAUGACAGGAAAUGCUUGCCUCUGAAUAUUGAUUUGCUAGAUACUCCAGACUUAUUGGAAACAACCAUUGGUGAUGUAAUUGGAGCAUCUGACACUAUGGAAGCAUCCCAAACACCAGAUGAAAUUAAUGUAGGCACCAGGCAUACUGGUAUAGAGGAACCUGAAGUUGAAUAUGAGACAUUGAAAGAUGCCUCAGAGAAGCUCAAACAUCUUGAGAUGGAGAACAGUUCUUUGCUGUCCCCUCGAUCCAACAUCGAUGUUAAUGUCAACAGCCAGGAAGAAGUAGUGAAGUUGACUGAAAAAUGUCUUAAUAAUGCCAUUGAGAGCCCAGGAUUGAAUGCCAUGAAAGUUCCUCCUGACUUCAAGAGUAACAUUUUAAAGGCUCAAGUAGAAGCAGUACAUAAGAUUACGAGAGAAGAUAGUUUAAGUCAUAAAAACUCCAGUGUUCAGGAUGCUGCCACAAACAGUGCUGUGUUAAGUGAGAAUAAUGUGCCCCUCUCCAGAGAGUCUCUUGCUCUGACACAUACCACAUCUGCAGACAGUGGUUCUGUUCUAAAGGAAGCUACAGAUGAAUUGGAUGCUUUGCUCGCAUCUCUAACUGAGAAUCUCAUUGACCACACAGUCACACCUCAGGUGUCUUCAACAUCCACGAUUACACCUCGGUGGAUUGUUCCACAGAGUGGAGCCAUUUCUAAUGGACUUGCAGGAUGUGAAACGCUCCUGGCGGGGAAGGAGGGACGUGGUAACAAAGAUGGAAUCUCGCUGAUCUCUUCCCCAGCGCCAUUCUUGGUAGAUGCUGUGACCAGCUCUGUUCCCACUUUGGCCGAAGAAGCCGCCUUGAAGCAGAAGUGUUUACUGACAACUGAGCUGUAGGGCUGCCCUCCCCACCUUGUAACUGGAAUGCCCAGCGCUCUCCAGCAGUCCGUCCUGGGAUCCGUUUCAGCUGGAAUGUGUUGAAUUCAGGAGCUUGUCCUUUACUUAUAGGUGAAAAAGCUCUACCUAGAUUUGACUUAAACUCCAUGAAAAAAAAAGCUGCAUUUUCCGUCCAACUGGAAGAGUUUAAUCACAAUCACAUUGCAUAUCUUCCCAAAUGAGGGUAUCGGGUCUUUAACUUCCUGUAAUUUUAUUAAAGUUGCAAAUUCCUGAAACAAGGGAAUGCCUUUCCCUCAGAUUUCCUUCAAGCUGUUGGCUCCACCUAGUGGUUCUAAUUGUUCCUAACAAAUUCAUAACAAGCCGCCUCCGGUGGUCAUCGGCUUUUGUAGUGCUGUUUCCCUCGCUAGUGUCGGGGUGAGCGUCCUUGAUCUGAGUACCUGUUACAGGAGUUGCACUUGCCCAUACACUACCUGGAAAUCAGGAAUUCAGGAAAUUAAUAUGGACACUGUGGGUACGUUUAGGGCCAGCUUUUUUACAAUUUUUGUAGUACUAAAGAGGAGUUUAGAACACAGAGGGUUUUUAAAUGUCUCCCACACUUUUGAUUUCUUACUAGACUGGCUAUCUUCAUAUUCCAAAUUUAUAUCAAGAUAAACCUUGAGAAGAACUACAGAGAAAUCAAUUGCCUGUCAUUUUGUUAUUUCAGCCUGCCUUCCCACAGGAAGCACUCACGUGUGCGCCGUGCACCUACUGUGUAACUCUGGUCUGGAAGGGGGUGGAUUACUGUUCAAGAGACCCUGAGGCAUCGGUAGUGAAGGCCUGGCGGUCCUCCACACAGGGCCUGUUUGGACACAGGUUUCAUGUCCUUUCAACAUAAGCUGAAUAAAUUUAGAUCUUGCAAACUGGAAAAAAAAUGAUACGAAACAAAAACACCAGGACAGAGAUAGGGAAUAGGAGUGGGGGUGAAGGGAUUUUUCUUGAAUACCUACCCAUAUAUGAAAGUAGACACAGCAUGCUGAAAUAACUUGCAUUGCAUUAGGAACUUUGUGUUAGUUUAAAAGAGUUCUUUAGAAUUUCCCCAUCCCUUUUAGUCUAUACAAAAAAAUUCUGAAUGUUAAAGUGGUACAUAUUCAUCAUAGAGAAAUGUAUAAAAACAUCUACCUAUAAUUCCAGUACCCAGAAAUAACGAUUUAGCUUUAAAAUUUUAAAAUGAAUAAGGUAAGUCAGUUGCUAUGGGGAAUGAGGAUAAUCUGGAAACCAUGCUGGCAAAGUCAUUGAUGAUCCUUAUUAUCCAGGGCUGAUGUUACGCUAUACCUCCUGGAACUUGGUUUUUAGUUUUCUGACCUGUGAUAGGUAUGUAACUGAGCAUUAAUUUGUACUGCUCAGCAUAACAGAACAUUGAGUUUUAUGAUCUUUAAAACUCCAUGGUUUGGACCGUCCCUGGGCUCCCUAUAGCAUAAUCUUGUGCUCAGACAAACACACACUAGUGUCUGACAGAAAAGCUCAGGAAUUCUAACCUUGCACUGUUUCCCAGGGAGCUCUAGAGAUUGGAAACCACUUUUGCACAAAACGUUUUUGCUUAAGGAAAGAAAGUUGACACUUCUUGCUGGCUGCCUCCCCUUAGCCACUGUGCUAAGCUUGUGAAUUUCAUUGGUGGAGUUCUUGCCAGUUCUUAAUUGUAGAACACAUUUUUCUCACAGUUGCAAGUGACACCUAAAACCAGGGACUUGAGCCAGGACAUGUUGGACUGGGCAUCACAUUUCAGUGUCUUGACAGCCCUAGGUGUCCUGCAAGAUUAAAGUUAUGCUGCCAACCACAGAGCAGCUAAGGCAUUAUGGCUUGGAAGGCCUAAAUUUCCCAUCCAGUUUAGGAGGUAGCAUCAUCCUUAUUUUACAUUUUCUCGAAUUUAGGAAUUAAGUAAUUGAAAAUAUUCUAGGGGCCGGGCGUGGUGGCUCAUACCUGUAAUCCUAGUACUCGGAGGCCA